UCACUUUAGUUGUAUGGCUUAUUGCAACCGUGCUUUUUUUGUUAAAUCUGGGCCGUUGAGCUGUUUUCGGUGUUAAUAUUUUGGCUAACAAAUUUUGUCCAGUCAGUUUGUAGCUAUUUAGUGGCAGUGAUUGUAGAUUUUGUUAAUUGUACUCUGUGUGAAUUUUCUCGGAUUUUUUUUGCUAUAAUACAGUGAACCAGCGUGUCGUUCCAACAUCUUAUCGCAUAGAAACAAAGGAUAAACUGUGCAGAAAACUAUCUGAAUCUUGCAAUGGCAUAUGAAUUAGGUUUCGACUUGGCUGAUGCUAUCAAAAGACAAAACAUUUCAAAAGAAAAUAUUGUUGCAAUUCGAGAAUCUAAAAUACCGCACGUACCAGACAAUAUAUCCGAUAAGCUGAUAGCUCUUUUCCUUGAUGCCUGCGACAGCUUGGAUGAAACAAAAAGUGUUAUGUCAAUUUACUAUCGUACGCGGCAAACAUCGCCCGAACACUUCGAAAAUCGUGAUCCACGCACGGAUGAAAUUCAACAGUGCCUGAAUAAUCAAGACUACUUUUAUUUACCACCGACACCAAGCGGUUUUCCUGUGAUAUUUCAUCGUUUGUCGAAUUCCACUGCAUCGAAUUAUUGCUUCGACAACGCUAUCAAAACGUUUUUCAUGUCGAUUGAUGCAUGUCUUUACAAGUAUGGACCGGCACCCGGAAUAAUAUUUUUAUUUGAUAUGAGAGACGUGCGCCUCAGCCAUCUGACACGGGUUAGGAUCAGCAGCAUUAAGAAAUUCUUCUACUAUCUUCAAGAAGGCCUACCGGCCCGUCUAUGCCAAAUUCACAUCCUUAAUGUGGUGUCAUUUUUUGGUAAAAUUUUAGCGAUGGUCAAACCGUUCAUGCGAGCUGAAAUAUUCAAAUGUCUGUAUACCUACACAUCCGACAUCGACUACGAUGAAUUUUAUAAAAAUUGGAUACCGAAGCAGUGUUUGCCAUCCGAUUUUGGUGGAGAUUUGCCAACCGUAGCUGAAAUGCAUACAAAUUUUCGCAAGGAAUUGGAUGAUUUGCGUGACUAUUUUGUUGCUGAAGAGGAUCAACGAAACAAUAACGCUAAGAAUGCCAGCGAUAAUUUAAAGAUAAACGAAGUUAAAUCGCUUAAAAUGCAGAGCUUAGAAAUUGAUUGAAGACGGUGUACCGACAUUUUGUGUAACUUUUUUCGCUUCCGUUUAUAGAAGGAGUAAAAUUUUGGUGUUUCUUAUUGUUAUGUAACAUGUUAAAAGUGCUAACGGGUUCGUCUUUGUGUGUAUACAGCUUUUUAUAUGAUAAAUUCUUGUUGGUAUCA